AAUCGAGUGGUAAUAAUAAUGGUAUUAAAAAAGUGGGGAACUUUUUAUUCUCAAAGUACAACACACUUUUCAGCGUUUCAUCUCAGACUCUCUCUGCUUUCUCCUCUCCUCCCUCUCUAAGAUCCAUACGCGGCCUUUCUCUCUGCUUGUUUCCUCAUCCAUCAGGCACCAUGAUUAACUUGUUUAAACAAAAGGAAAAGCUGAGAGAUCAUGCUGCAAAUGCCAAGCCUGUUGGGAAGAAGCAGAGUGCUGGAGAAUUACGUCUCCACAAAGAUAUUAGUGAAUUAAAUCUGCCAAAAACAUGUAGCAUAUCGUUCCCCAAUGGAAAGGAUGAACUCAUGAACUUUGAGGUUUCUAUUCGUCCUGAUGACGGAUACUAUCUGGGUGGAACAUUUAUUUUUACAUUCCAAAUAUCUCCGAUGUAUCCUCAUGAAGCACCAAAGGUUAAGUGCAAGACUAAGGUCUACCAUCCCAAUAUCGACUUGGACGGCAACGUGUGCCUAAACAUUCUCCGUGAAGAUUGGAAACCUGUCCUCAACAUAAACACUAUAAUAUAUGGACUUUAUCAUCUCUUCACGGAACCGAACCAUGAAGAUCCCCUGAAUCAUGAUGCUGCUGCGGUGUUGAGAGAUAACCCGAGAAUGUUUGAAUCUAAUGUUCGGAGGGCCAUGGCUGGUGGCUAUGUCGGACAAACUUUCUUUCCCCGCUGUACAUAGAAAUGGUCGCGCGCACAAAAGUGGCGAAUGCUUUCAGGUUAUGAUGUUGUACAUUGGGUCGGGCUUGUCGAUAUUUUCUAUCUGCUGCAAAACUGUAAGGCUACCGUAUCCUUUUUAUGGUAUUAUGUUGCCUUAUUAAUUGUUCCUUUGAUUCAGAUUCUAUGAGUAGCAUCGAAUGGUUUGUGUUUUUGA